UGUUUUUGGUUAACGAUAUGGAUGCAAUUACAUUCAAUGAGCGAUGCCUGGAAGAUGACUACUACUACACAUUAGGUUGCGAUGAUUCCUCCAGUGUUGACCAAAUAUUAACCGAAUACAAACACAGAGUAUUACGUUGUCAUCCUGAUAAGAAUCCAUAUGACAAGUCCACUACUCAGUUUCAAAAACUUCAGGAAGCUAAGGAGGUGCUCUGUGACCCAGAAAAGCGAAAUGAUUAUGACAGAUGGAAAACAAGUGGAAUAACAAUUUCAUACAAGCAAUGGAUUGUCAUAAAUAAACGAUCUACUGCCGUAAGUAUUAUAUGUGCAACAUCAGGAUGUCUUUCUAUGUAGGUUUAAAGUAAAAUAGAUUGAAAUAUUAAAAUUAACACAGGUUCUCCACUGGGCCAUACCAAAACAUGAACAA